CUUUACUUUUAGCGCGACCUUCCGCGGUUAUCCAGCGGGUUACUAAACAAGACUACAAUUCCCAUGAGGCUCGGAAGUGCCAAUGCAGAGACUAGGGAAACAAUGAGACGUGUUCUUUGUGGCCUUAACGGUGAUACAUGGUCGUGUGAGCGGUUGCUUUUCCGGCCCAUUUAGGGAUAGCCCAACGGAGCUUGGAGGAACUCUAGAACACACAUAAACUAAAGUCCGAGGAGGUGGAACGGAAGUACCCGGUGGAAGCGAGGAGGAGCCGGAAGUUAAGGCGGGGAGGGGCGGGGGGUGGAGGGAAAAGCAAGCCAGGAGGUUCUGCGGCCGCUUCUAGUAGUUUCCAGGCGCUGCCGGGCGGCUGGGACCAGGCAGUCCUGAGGCUGUGGCUGUGGCUGCUCGGAAGCUGGUGGCGGCGCGACAGGAAAGCUGAUGGCCAAGUGGGGUGAGGGCGACCCACGCUGGAUCGUGGAGGAGCGGGCGGACGCCACCAACGUCAACAACUGGCACUGGACAGAGAGGGAUGCUUCAAACUGGUCCACGGAUAAGCUGAAAACGCUGUUCCUGGCAGUGCGGGUGCAAAAUGAGGAAGGCAAGUGUGAGGUGACAGAAGUGAAUAAGCUUGAUGGAGAGGCAUCCAUUAACAAUCGCAAAGGCAAACUUAUCUUCUUUUAUGAAUGGAGCGUCAAACUAAACUGGACAGGUACCUCUAAGUCUGGAGUACAGUACAAGGGACAUGUGGAGAUCCCCAAUUUGUCUGAUGAAAACAGUGUGGAUGAAGUAGAGAUUAGUGUGAGCCUUGCCAAAGAUGAGCCUGACACAAAUCUCGUGGCCUUAAUGAAGGAAGAAGGGGUGAAACUCCUAAGAGAAGCAAUGGGAAUUUACAUCAGCACCCUCAAAACAGAGUUCACGCAGGGCAUGAUCUUGCCUACAAUGAACGGAGAGUCAGUAGACCCAGCCGGGCAGCCAGCACUGAAAACUGAGGAGCGCAAGGCUAAGUCUGCUCCUUCAAAAACCCAGGCCAGACCUGUUGGUGUCAAAAUCCCCACUUGUAAGAUCACCCUUAGAGAAACCUUCCUGACAUCACCAGAGGAGCUGUAUAGAGUCUUUACCACCCAAGAGCUCGUUCAGGCCUUUACUCAUGCUCCUGCAAUGUUAGAAGCAGACAAAGGUGGGAAGUUUCACCUGGUAGAUGGCAACGUCUCUGGGGAAUUCACUGAUCUGGUCCCUGAGAAACUUAUUGUGAUGAAGUGGAGGUUUAAAUCUUGGCCAGAAGGGCAUUUUGCCACCAUCACCUUGACCUUCAUAGACAAGAAUGGAGAGACUGAGCUGUGCAUGGAAGGCAGAGGCAUCCCUGCCCCCGAGGAAGAGAGGACGCGGCAGGGUUGGCAGCGGUACUACUUUGAGGGCAUCAAACAGACCUUUGGCUACGGCGCACGCUUAUUUUAGGGCUGGCAGCAAGGGGCUGCCCAGUGCUUCGGUCCAGCCCUCUCCUGACUGGGGCUUGGGACUCACAGGAUUGCACCAUCCCAACCACUAACUUGGGGCUGGGGCCCCUUCCCUCCACGUAUAUCUUGGGUUUGUGCAUGUUUUCUGCUGGGUGGGAUCAGAGGGUGAUUUCUCUUUUAUGUGUACAUACGCUAAAUAAACGUAAUUUAAAAAACGUG